AUGCCACACCGCAGAUGGCCCGCGACUUGGUAUGAUGAUACGACGGGCAAAGUGUACAGAUAUGGGGGUUGGGGAUACAAUAGCACGGACUGGACAACCGAUCUUUGGUCUUAUAAACCCGGCGGACGCACCAUCUACUGGUCCCAAGAAGUCUCACCUGUAACAAAUGGGCUGUCGUUCGGAUCCAAUGCACCCUUUUCAUCAGCCUGGACAGUCGGCAACUCAAAGUUGUACAGCUUGGGAGGCGCCAUCUCUAAUGGGGCAAUACGCGACCCAAAUUUCAUCGUCCCUGGCUUGGUGACGCGUGACUCGUCGACUGGGCGCUGGAGUAACUCUACAACCAACAUUCCAGACAGCUCGCCAUACUUCACCCAGGCAAAAGCUGAGUUUGCCUCAAACUUUGGGCAGGAAGGUUUCGUGGUUGUUGUCGGAGGUGCUAAUCCAAGCCGACAAGCCUUCGAGUUCCAGCAAGAGACAUCAUUACGCGACAUGGCAGAUAUUAUCUUAUACGACGUAUCCACAGAGGAGUGGUAUGUCCAGCGAGCGACCGGAGAUAUCCCUCCACCAAGAACACAGUUCUGUACAGUAGGAAAGGCUUCAUCCGACGGGAAGACAUACGAGCUAUUUGUAUACGGCGGCAUGACGAAUACAACAAACGACCUCAACUAUCCUAAUGAGCCUGGGUACUUGAAUGUUUAUGUCCUCUCCCUGCCUGCGUUCAGAUGGUUUCAAACCCCUGCCUCAACGACGACGCGGCGGUGCAGCCACACAUGCUCCAUCAUCGGCAACAGGCAGAUGAUCUCUAUCGGCGGUCGUCCGCCUAGCACGUUGAACCAGUUCGGCGCCGAUUACGACGAGUGGGCUAGUGGCAUAGGGAUUAUGGACAUGACUGAAUUGCAGUGGAAGGACCACUAUGACGCUGCAGGUGCACCAUACAAGCGAGCGCAGGUAAUCGACAACUACUACAACCAGAGUUAUGUGAAGCCCGCGUGGAGUGAUCCUGUAUUGGCAGCACAAUUUGCAUUUGCCGGCCCGACUAACGCCACUACCACCACACCAUCGACGCCGACGACACCGGAGGAGACAAGCCCAGUGCACCCUGCUGACACAUCAACAUCGCCUCCUGGUCCUAAGUCUCAUACCGGUGCCAUUGCUGGCGGCGUCGUCGGCGGCGUUGUGGGCUUAGGCCUGAUUGCUGGCCUCGCAUACUUUCUAGGGACCCGUCGUCACCGCAAAACAAGCGCCACAAGAGAAGCCGUCCCUCCACCAUCCGAGCCAAAAUCUUCGCAAAUACCCAACAGUCCGUCGUCAGGGCAGAAACCAUCACCAGAGUUUACUCAAGCCCAAGUCUUUGAACCAAGUGAACUUGAAGGCGAGACUCGACAAGUAGCCGAAUUGCCGGGCUAUUAUGGGAACUUUGGGCCAGGACAACGAUAA